CAACCCAAAAACUUCAGGAAAAAAUCUAAAAAUUUAAUCGACUGCCUUAUUUUGGUCUUCCUUUUACUGCAAGACAAAUUCCCUUCUCUCUAUUUUCUUCUUUGAAGCACAUGAGCUAAAGUAGUUGUUCUUACUGAGGCUUGCUAAUUUGGUAGUUCAUCAUGUUUAUAAAACAGAUUAUUAUUGAAGGGUUCAAAAGCUACAGGGAGCAGAUUGCUACUGAGCCUUUCAGUCCAAAAGUUAAUUGUGUUGUUGGUGCUAAUGGUUCUGGCAAAACAAAUUUUUUCCAUGCAAUUCGUUUUGUUUUGAGUGACCUGUUCCAAAAUCUGCGCAGUGAAGAUAGACAUGCUCUACUACAUGAAGGUGCAGGACACCAAGUUGUAUCUGCAUUUGUGGAGAUUGUUUUUGAUAAUUUUGACAAUCGUAUCCCGGUUGACAAGGAGGAGGUACGCCUACGUCGAACAAUUGGGUUGAAGAAGGAUGAGUAUUUCUUGGAUGGAAAACAUAUUACGAAAACAGAAGUUAUGAAUUUACUGGAAAGUGCUGGGUUCUCUCGUUCUAAUCCCUAUUAUGUUGUUCAACAAGGCAAGAUAGCAUCAUUAACGCUGAUGAAAGAUUCUGAGAGGCUGGACUUGCUGAAAGAAAUCGGUGGUACUCGAGUUUAUGAGGAGAGACGUCGUGAAAGCUUGAAAAUCAUGCAGGAAACUGGCAAUAAAAGGAAGCAAAUUAUACAAGUUGUCCAGUACUUAGAUGAGAGAUUGAGAGAAUUGGACGAAGAGAAAGAAGAGCUUAGAAAGUAUCAGCAGCUUGACAAGCAGAGAAAGUCACUAGAAUAUACCAUUUAUGAUAAAGAACUUCAAGAUGCACGGCGUAAAUUGGAAGAGGUAGAAGAAGCUCGUACCAAGGUUUCUGAAAAAUCAUCUGAAAGGUAUAAUGCUGUGCUGGAUUCUCAUGAAAGGUUAAAGGAAUUGGACAAGAUGUCUAAAGAUUUAACAAAGGAGCUUCAAGGUUUAAACAAAGAUAAAGAAGCCUUGGAAAUUCAACAAGCAGAAGCAAUAAAGAAGCAAACUGCGCUUGAGCUUGAUGUAAAAGAUUUAGAAGAGAGGAUGUCUGGGAACAUGCAAGCCAAAGAUGAUGCAAUCAAACAGCUUCGAAUGCUGCAGAAUGAAAUACAGGAGUCAACAGAGGAGCUUAACAGGAUUAAACCGCUCUAUGACAACCAAUUAAAAAAGGAGGAGAAUAUAACAAAAGGGAUCAUGGAGCGUGAAAAGCAACUUAGCAUCCUCUAUCAGAAACAAGGUCGUGCUACUCAGUUUUCUAGUAAAGCUGCUCGUGAUAAAUGGCUUCAAAGGGAAAUUGAGGAUUUCGAAAAAGUGCUUUAUUCAAAUUCACUGCAGGAGCAAAAACUUCAGGAGGAAAUUUUUGGGCUCAAUGAGGAGUUGGAGCGCUUGGAUGGUUCUAUUGAAAGACGCCAAGCUGAAAUCAAAGAGUUGGAAUCUUCAAUUUCCAAGUCUCGGUUUAAUUCUCAGAAAACAGAAAGAGAUAAGCUGCAGGAUCAAAGGAAGUCCUUAUGGGAGAAAGAAAAUAAGCUUUCUGCUGAAAUUGAUAAACUGAAAUCAGAAGUUGAGAAAGCAGAGAAGAGCCUUGAUCAUGCAACUCCUGGAGAUGUAAGAAGGGGGUUGAAUUCUAUUCGGAAGAUAUGCAGAGAAUAUAAUAUAGGUGGAGUGUUUGGUCCAAUUAUUGAGCUGCUUAAUUGUGAUGAGAAGUUUUUCACUGCAGUUGAAGUAACUGCUGGAAACAGUUUAUUUCAUGUGGUUGUUGAAACGGAUGAGAUAUCAACUCAGAUAAUUCGACAUCUUAAUUCACUGAAAGGAGGGCGUGUUACUUUCAUACCACUUAACCGUGUGAAGGCUCCGCAUGUUUCAUAUCCACAAAGUUCUGAUGUGAUACCUCUGUUAAAGAAAUUGAACUUUUCUUCCAAAUUUGCUCCAGCCUUUGCACAGGUGUUUGGUAGAACGGUGAUCUGCCGAGACAUAGAUGUUGCUACAAGAGUUGCUCGAACUGAUGGUCUGGAUUGCAUAACUUUGGAAGGUGAUCAAGUUAGCAAGAAGGGUGGUAUGACUGGGGGAUUUUAUGAUUAUAGGCGCUCAAAAUUGAAGUUCAUGAAUAUAGUUAUACAUAGCACAAAGUCUAUUAAUAAGAAGGAAGAAGAACUGAAAGGAAUCAGCAUGGAGCUUCAAAAGUUAGAGCAGCAAAUCACAGCUUUUGUCACUGAACAGCAGCAACUUGAUGCUAAGCGGGUUCUUGACAAAUCAUUGCUGGAGCAGCAUAAGCAGGACAUUGCUAAUGCUAAUAAGCAAAAGCAAUAUACAUCUAAAGCUCUUGAAAAUAAGAGAAAAUCACUUGCAGAUGUGCAGAUGCAAAUUGAUCAGCUUAGAGCUAGUAUGGGAGCGAAACGAGCCGAAAUGGGCACAGAGCUUAUUGAUCACUUAACACCUGAAGAGAAGGACCUUCUGUCAAGAUUGAACCCUGAGAUAACAGAUCUUAAGGAGGAACUUAUCAAUUGCAGGAGUGAUCGCAUUGAGACUGAAUCGAGAAAAGCUGAACUCGAGACUAAUCUCACAACCAACCUUAAGAGGCGGAAACAAGAGUUGGAAGCAAUAAUAUCUGCGGCAGAGGCUGAUGCAUUGCUUGAUGAAGCUGAAUCAAAGAGGCAGGAAUUGAUGGAUGCAAAAUUAUUGGUUGAAGAUGCCACACAGCAACUUAAAAGAGUUUCUGAUAGAAUUGAUGAGCUAACAAAGCAACUUAGGGGAAUCAAAGAUGAGAAGAACGAUCUGAAGGGAUUGGAAGCUGAUUAUGAGAGCACACUUCAGAAUGAAGCAAAAGAGUUGGAACAAAUGUUAAGUAGAAAGAGCAGUCUUCUUGCUAGGCAGGAAGAGUUCUCAAAGAAAAUAAGGGAGUUGGGCCCUUUGUCAUCAGAUGCUUUUGAAACAUAUAAGCGAAAGCAGAUAAAAGAGUUGCAGAAAAUGCUUCAUAGGUGCAAUGAGCAACUGCAACAGUUCAGCCAUGUUAACAAGAAAGCACUUGACCAGUAUGUAAAUUUCACAGAGCAAAGAGAAGAACUGCAGAAAAGGCAGGCUGAGCUGGAUGCAGGUGAUGAGAAAAUUAAGGAACUUAUAGCAGUUCUAGAUCAGCGCAAGGAUGAGUCAAUAGAACGAACUUUCAAAGGUGUUGCCCGACACUUUAGAGAAGUAUUUUCAGAACUUGUGCAAGGUGGUCAUGGUCAUUUGGUGAUGAUGAAGAAAAAGGAUGGUGAUCAUGCUGCCGAAGAUGAUGAUGAUGAUGAACCUCGAGAGGUGGAUUUGGAGGGAAGAGUUGAGAAAUACAUUGGUGUAAAAGUGAAGGUUUCCUUUACCGGGCAAGGUGAGACGCAAUCAAUGAAGCAAUUGUCUGGAGGACAGAAAACUGUUGUAGCCCUUACAUUAAUUUUUGCGAUUCAACGAUGUGAUCCGGCUCCAUUUUAUCUGUUUGAUGAAAUAGAUGCAGCUCUAGAUCCUCAGUACCGAACUGCAGUUGGAAAUAUGAUUCGUCGACUGGCAGACAUGGCAAAUACGCAAUUCAUAACCACCACAUUUCGACCAGAGCUUGUCAAAGUUGCUGAUCAGAUCUAUGGUGUGACUCAUAAAAACAGGGUGAGCCGUGUUAAUCUUGUCUCCAAGGAAGAUGCGCUAGAUUUUAUCGAGCACGAUCAGCCUCAAAAUACCGAUUAAGGAGCCCCAUGUGAAGAACACGAGCUGUUUGGAUGUUGUGCAAUGUUUACUUCUCAGUUGCUUUGUAAAGAAUAGGUGCUAUAAGGACUGGACUGGAGUGAUGCCUUUAGCAUGUUUUCUUCAGACAGAUGUCCGGAUUUCACAUAGUAUUAGGUAUAUUUGUGUUAAAUAAUUCGCAACUAAGCUUGGUAGCUUUGAAACUCUCUAGCUGUCUGUUAAACGAAGUUUGGGUAAGAAUAUGAGUUUGACUUAUUACACAAAUGAAAAAAUUUAGGUUUUUUACUA